AUGGCGCGGCUCGCGCAAUGGAUCGCGGCGGCGCUUGCCAUCAGAACAGCUGUCGCCGAGGGCGAAUCUAUUCUCACCGCCGAGAUUGGCCGCCAAAAUAAUCAGAGCCUCUUCUGGGGACCAUACAAGCCAAAUUUAUACUUUGGUGUGCGACCCAGAACGCCGGAGGGUCUAUGGACAGGCUUGAUGUGGUCCAAGGUCGAUAACUACGGCGAGGUGCAAGAGGGCUUCCGAUACACCUGCGAACAGGGCGAGCAUGCCCACGGCUACGGUUGGAACGAGUUCGACGCCCGACAUGGCGGUAUCCAAACAAUCCACGAUAAGGGCAACUCGAUCGACAUCACGACCUCGUUUGUCAAGGUCCCAGGUGGCGAGCAUGGUGGCAGCUGGGCUGCGCGCAUUAAGGGCGUGCCUCGAGAAGGCGCGCCCAAGGACAUCAACACUAUGAUCUACUACUACAUUGCCCAGGACGGCGAAGGCGAGCUCGCCGUGGAAACGGAAACGACCGAAUUCGGGUACACUAGUGAUGUCAGCCUGAAGGGGAACUCCAAGUCGCUGGGUGAGUACACCGUUGUAGUCACCGAGGGCAAGGGCAAGCAUCCCACCACGGAUCAUGAACUUUCCAAGAGGCGCAAGACGGACACGACGCUGGUGAAUAGCCAGGAUCUCUCCCAGCAUGAGCUCUGGCAGAGCAAGGCCGCCGUUUUCAAGCUUCUCCAAGCUGCUGCGACAGAGAUCCAGCACGACUUUGCCGAGGACAAUGCCCCUUUCCCAUGGCAGGUUUACCGCAUCGCCAAUAACCCAGGCGCCGGUAAUGCGCACAUUGUGCAAAAGAACUUUCAGGGCGAGUUUGAAUUUGACGUCAUCUUUUCGUCGGCCUCGGCCGGUAAGCAAUUGACUUCGUCAGAUGUUGCACGUGAAAUCAAACAGACUUCAGAGCUUUUCGGCCAGAGAUUCUCCAAGAUCUUCGACUUCAAGGCCCCCUUUGACGGCGGCAAGUACGUGCAGUUUGGCAAGAGCAUGUUCUCCAACCUUCUCGGUGGCGUCGGAUAUUUUCACGGCCAGCAGAUUAUCGAUCGCUCGUACGCGGAAGAAUAUGACGAGGAUGACGAUCGCUUCUGGGAGGGCGCGGCUGAAGCCAGAGCCCGCCAGAAGGCUGCACUUGAGGGCCCUUACGAGCUUUUCACCAGCGUGCCCUCGCGCCCUUUCUUCCCUCGCGGAUUCCUCUGGGAUGAAGGCUUUCAUCUUAUGCCCAUCGCCGACUGGGAUAUCGAUCUCGCCCUAGAUGUUGUCAAGAGCUGGUACAACACCAUGGAUGAGGACGGCUGGAUCCCGCGUGAGCAGAUUCUCGGGUAUGAAGCCCGCAGUAAGGUGCCUCCCGAGUUUCAGAUCCAAUACCCCCACUACGCCAACCCUCCCACGCUCUUCCUCGUCAUUGAGGACUUCAUGGAGCAGCUUCGCAAGGUUAAUGGCUCCGGUGUUGCUGCGAGAGAGAUUAUGGGUAAAGAAGACGAGCUACACGACGCACACCUGAAAAACACUGAACUCGGCGAGUCGUAUCUGCGCAACAUUUAUCCUCUGCUGCAGCGCCAGUACCAAUGGUUCCGUCGCACCCAGCGUGGCGAUAUCAAGACUUAUGACCGCGAGGCGUUUUCCACCCGUGAGGCCUACCGCUGGCGGGGCCGCACCGAGACUCACUGCUUGACCAGUGGCCUGGAUGACUACCCCCGACCCAGCCCCCCAUCACCUGGUGAGCUGCACGUCGACCUGCUCGCCUGGGUUGGUCUGAUGACCAAGUCGCUCGUCAACAUUGCCGAUGCCCUUGGCAUUGCCGAGGAUGUGGCCGACAUGGAGAAGAAUCUCGAGGCCAUUGAGAACAACUUGAACGAUCUUCACUGGUCUGAGAAGGAGGGUUGCUACUGCGAUGCUUCCCUCGACGACUUUGAGGAGCACACUCUGGUCUGUCACAAGGGUUACAUUUCCAUCAUGCCUUUUCUCGUUGGUCUGAUGAAGCCCAAGGACCCCAAGCUGGGCAAGAUCUUGGAUCUGCUUGGCGACGAGGAGCACCUCUUUAGCCCAUACGGCAUUCGUAGCCUGAGCAAACAGUCCGAAUUUUACGGAACAGAGGAGAACUAUUGGCGCAGCCCCAUUUGGCUGCCCAUGAACUACAUGGCUGUGAAGCAGCUCUACCACUUUGCCACACAGAGCGGUCCGCACAGCCAAAAGGCGCGGGACCUGUACAUUCGCCUGCGCAAGAAUCUUGUCAACACAGUUUACAACAGCUGGGAGGAGACGGGUUUUGCGUGGGAGCAGUACAGCCCGGAGACGGGCGCCGGUCAGCGCACGCAGCAUUUUACCGGCUGGACAAGCCUGGUGGUCAAAAUCAUGGCCAUGGAGGACUUGGAGGGUAAAAAGUCUCAUGAUGAGUUGUAA